GGCACUGUAAAGCUGCGUUGAAAUGAUCUGUAUUGUAUAAGAAAUAAAGCUUGACAAUACAUGACCAUAGGAAUGAAGACAAACUUGUUUUUGAUUUUAUCAAGCGAGUUACAGUUUAAUAUACAUACAGGGUGCAUGUUUGAAAUAUAAACAACAAGAACAAUAGGGUCUGUUUUAAACAUUUUUAAUAUACAUAAGUGUGGGAACAUACAGUAUGUGUAACAUAGUUGUAUAUGCAAGGCUGAACUACCUCCUAUCUUUCUUUUAAGAACUGAUAAACAAGUACAUGGUGCACCUGGGAACUGAAAGCAUGCCAACACUUGUUUAGACAGACAGGAAGAUUUAUGCAGUUGUGAUUUAUGUGUUCGUCGCCACUUCUUCUCUUAUCGUGGCUCACUUCUCAUCUGACUCUUGACUAGACAAGACAUUAUUUAAAGAGUCUUCAUCUCCACUCCGAACUCCCCGUCUCUUCAUUCCUGAUUCAACAUAAGAAUGAUCUUGUCCAUUUUUUUAUUAUGUUAUCCUUUUCUAAGUGAUGCGAGGCAAGAGAAACACUUCCUCCAUUACAUGUUUACGGUCAUGAUAAAGGAAAAUACAUUACCUUUGUUCAGCGCUGUGUGUGUGUCUGAUGACAGACAGAUCAAACACUACAAUAAUGAAGAAAGAGUUUGGAAAAGAUCCCGUCAGACUGCAGAUGACUGGACCAGUGCUCCUGAAGCACCACCUGAGUCUAGAGACUGGUUCAUACAUCAGUUAAACACUCUGUCAAACUGCUCAGACUCACAGUGUUCUGAGCUCCAUGUUCUUCAGAGAAUAAUUGGUUGUGAACUGGAGAAACUUCCCGAUGGAUCAUUUAAUCUGAGAGCAUUUGAUGAAUAUGGAUUUGAUGGAGAGGAUUUUAUUACCUUUAAUUCUGACACUCUGCAGUGGAUUGAUAAAAACCCCAAAGCCAAAGAAACCAAAAUGAAAUGGAGUCGUCAGACAGAACACAACCAGUUCAUAAAGAAAUACCUCAAGACCUGCACUGACUGGAUCUCCACCUUUCACAGCAGAAAAAUAACUCCACCAGAUGUUCAUGUCUUGGUGCCGAAAGUUUCUGAUGAUCGAAGUAAGCUGGUUCUGAGCUGUCUGGCCACUGGUUUCUACCCCAGAGAUAUUGAGAUGAACAUCAGGUGGGAUGAGUCCGUUCUUGAGAACCAAACAUCAUCUGGAAUCAGACCAAAUGCUGAUGGAUCCUUUCAGAUGAGAUCCAGUGUAGAGACUGAUGCAGAUCACAAAGGGUUUUAUGACUGUGUGGUCAUUCACAGCAGUCUGACUCAGACACGACCGCUUUUAACAGUGUGGACCAUAUAUAACCAUAUAUUUAGUGCAGAAUCUCUAUGGUCUGUUAUAGCAGGAAUAGCAGCAGCCCUGGUUAUAUUUCUCCCUGUGAUUGGUUGCUGCAUCAAUCAGAAAAUGUCAAAAGCUCUGAUGUGAAGUUACCCAAUUAUGUUGGAGGGAUUGUACAGAUCCCCAGUCCAGUGAGUUAGAGUAUAUAUAUAUA